AUGGACUUUAAUCAGCUCCAGCAGCGAGCGAGCGCCUUGGGUUUGGUUUUUGGUCCUUCUUCUGGGGUUCAACUCAGCAAACCAAGUUGUGAUCCCGUUGUUUCUGGACCUCCAGUUGUGUAUCGGUUUCCGGUUGGAUUUGGCCGGAGAAUGGCAUAUAUGUGCGCAGACAGUGGCAAUCUAAUGGCGAUUGCUCAGCAAGUCAUCAAGCAAAAGCAGCAGCAGGAGCAGCAACAACAGCAGCACCACCACCACCAACAGCAGCCGCUCGGCGCUUUCUCUCUCACUCCCUGGCCCAACAACACUCACAGCCCCAAUUUGGGCUACGGGUUAACGGGGUCGGCGUAUACCGACCCAUUUCAGCUUUCCGGAAGCUCUGACGCCGCCGGGGAGCCUGGGUUUCCGUUUCCCAACUUGGAUCACCAGCCCACUGGGUUCCGGUUUUCUGAUUUAGGCGGCGGUGGCGCGGCCGAGUUCGACUCGGACGAGUGGAUGGAUAGUAUCAUAGGCGGUGGGGAUUCAACGGAUAGUUCUAAUCUGCCCUCUGCUUGCGACACGUGGCAUGGCAGCAAUGCUGAUUUCGGUCUCUACGGUGCCGAUCCAUUCCAACCCCCCUGCCCGAGUCGACUCAGCAACCCCUGCUCCCCACCGUCCGAUCUCAACCGAGUCAUCUUCUCUGAAACUCAGAACCAGUUGCCAGCCUGGACCGCCCCUCCUCCGCCGCCACCAGCACCGCAUGUUGUAGUAAAACAGGCCAAAUCAGCAGACCCUCCUCCUCCGCAGCCAAACGACGCCGUCGGGGUCUCGUCAAGGUCGCCGGAGAUCGAGUCAGCGCCGCCGCUACUGAAGGCCCUACUCGACUGCGCCCGGCUAGCCGAGUCCGACCCGGACCGCGCCGUCAAAUCACUGAUUCGACUCAGAGAAUCGGUCUCAGACCGCGGAGAUCCAACUGAAAGAGUUGGUUUUUACUUCACCGAAGCGUUGCAGAGCAGAGUGUCGUCUCUGCAAUCGGAGAAAAGCUUGGCGGCCACCACGACCUACGACACUGCUUGCGAAGACUUCACUCUCUCUUACAAGGCCCUCAACGACGCUUGCCCCUAUUCCAAGUUUGCCCAUUUGACUGCGAACCAGGCCAUUCUCGAAGCGACGGAGAGAGCGACGAAGAUCCACAUAGUCGACUUCGGAAUCGUCCAAGGGGUCCAAUGGGCCGCUCUGUUGCAGGCCUUGGCGACCAGGUCAACCGGAAAGCCCAGCAGAAUUCGGAUCUCUGGCAUACCGGCUCCGUCUCUGGGGACAUCUCCGGCGGCCUCGCUUUUCGCUACUGGAAAUCGACUUCGCGAUUUUGCCAAGCUUCUGGAAUUGAACUUCGAGUUCGAACCGAUUCUCACUCCGGUUCAUGAGCUCGACGAGUCGUGCUUCCGGGUAGAACCGGACGAGGCCUUGGCUGUGAACUUGAUGCUCCAAUUGUACAACCUACUUGACGAGACUCCAACGGCGGUUCAAUCGGCUCUGAAACUAGCUAAAUCGCUGAACCCGAAGAUUGUGACUUUGGGCGAGUACGAAGCGAACUUGAGCCGGGUUGGGUUCACGAGCCGGUUCAAGAACGCGUUGAAGUACUACACCGCGCUGUUUGAGUCGCUGGAGCCGAACAUGCCCCGAGACUCGCCGGAGAGGCUUAAAGUGGAGAAGCUUUUACUGGGUCGUCGAAUUGGCGGCGUGGUUGGGCCGGAGCAACCUGGAACCAAGAGAGAACGGUUCGAAGACAAAGAACAAUGGAAGUAUUUGAUGGAAAGCUCCGGUUUUGAGCCGGUAGCUCUUAGCCAUUACGCAGUGAGCCAGGCCAAGAUCCUGCUUUGGAACUACAACAAUUCUUUGUAUUCUCUAAUUGAAUCUCCACCUGGGUUUCUCUCUUUGGCUUGGAACGAAGUUCCUCUGUUCACUGUUUCAUCAUGGCGUUAA